UGUAAUCUGUCAUUCAUUUAAUGUUAUUGAAUAGGUGUGUUUUUAAUUUGUUUUGGUAUAAAGAAGCUUACCUUUGUCAUAAAUUUAAGUGGUUGGUGUACGAAAUUCGUUGACAAAGUAGUUCUAAAGCCCGCCAUGAGCAAUAUGUGCUUGAAAUAGUCAUAAUUAAAAUUAUGAAGCAGUGGGACCAAGUUUAUUUAAUGGCAUUUCCUGUUAGCAGACAAAAUAAGCAUUGUUUGUAUCUAUAAGUUGUAAAAUGAACACAGCAUGUCUUUUUUGAGUACUACCGAAAAUGUGGGUUUCAGUGGCAUUCCACAAAAUAUAUCAGACGCAAGCUGCGCAACUCAAUACAAGUUGGCAGUGGAAGGUGUCUCGGGCAACUGUGGAGAUGUUAACAUGUUCAUACAAGAUAGCUCGGGCGAUGAACAGACUUACAUACCACACUUAAAUGAAAAUUUCUUCCAAACCAAAUUUAAAAUAGAUCCCAACGAGCUUUACACAUUUCAUGACUCUGACAUCAUUGCCGGAGAAAUAACUGUUAGUCAUACAGAUGAUAAUUUCAUGUUCCCUGAUAAUGUAGAAGUGAAGGCUAAGUUCUUGGACAGCCCGAACAAUGAGGUGGAUCUUCAGAUUAAAGGCUCUCUUCCUAACGGGGAGGUCAUCAGGGAUGAGAUUAAGCUCGAGAUUGUUCCUAACGGGCAUUUCAUGCCCGAGCCUAAGCAUCCCAUGACUCCAAAUUACAAAGAUGUGAAGACUACUAAUACCAAAGUUCAGAAAGCAAAGAAUCCAAGCCUCGGAAAAGAAAUCAGUCGAAGUAAUUCUGUUGAAGCAAGACGGCCAAGUGUUCAUAGCCCAAAGGGGCAAUCUAAUAAUGUAGCCUCAUGUAAGAAAGUCAGUAUUAAUAGUCUUAAUACUAAUCAUAGUAAGUCCUCGUCAAAUCCCAAGCUGUCGGGGUCGGAAACAUUUCUGGAUGUUUUUAAAAGAGAACAGGGGCUGGUUGAGAAUGCCCCGGCAGUUAUAAAGACUGAGUCUCCUGCUGCACCCCCACCUAAAGCACCACCAUCUUCAGUGAAGAAAGCACCAUCAGCCAAGUCGUCCCAAAGCAAGGUCCGGCGAGGCCGCGGGCCGGCGGUCCACGAGGCCUUGCAGCGGAUACCCACACCUCGCGCCGUACCCGUCCCCAAUCGAGCCUGGCACGCCCCUGGGGACAGCUUAUUUGACUGCGGACCUCUUGAUGAUAGAAAACCGGGAUUCCGGCAGUUGGAGAGCAGUAGCAGUGACGAUGAUAACAUACCUGAGUUUGAAUUAGGCAACGGUCCCGUCUGCUUAGAAGAAAACGCGGCAGAGUCCAGAGGAGCACGUCUUGCGCUCCGCAGGGCAGCGUUAAGAAGGCAUGUCGUCAGAGCGGACACCUCUCUACGCUUAGCGAGGGAUUAUCGGGAGCACAAAUCACUUGCUGCUAUCAUCAAGAAACAACUCAACGGGCAAGGCUCAUCGUGCCGCCUUCCAACUCAAAUUGUGAACCAUUUGCUAGCGAUGCGCGGCAUGCCUGAGGUCCUGUCUUCGUGGGAACGGCGAAGACUCAGGGAAAUCGGCUGGUCUGGCGGCGAGAGUGGCUCCCUAAAACCGUGCCUCGGUUCCGCCUGCUCCGAGGACGGUUGCGACGCCCCGCGCUUGCCUUGCGGGCGUUACUGCUUAUCGCACGUUACUAUGGCGCCCGAACAAAGAUUGUAUGCGUCGUGUGCGGCGGUGUUUGCCGGGGGAGCGAGGUGCAAGCAGCCGAUAUUGCCGCUUCAAGAGCAGACACCUCUCUGUGCUGAACAUGCGUGGAAGCGAGACAACUACGACAAGCUGAGCCGCGACAGCAAGCCGAAGAAGCUCGUUAGAAAGCGCGUGCCGCCGCCCGCGCCGCGCCGCGCCAAGCGCCGGCGGCGCCUGCCCAAGCGGCCCGUGCCUACGCCUAACCAAUCUCUCUCAGAAAUCAACGUGUGCUCGAAUUCGUCGGCAAACGAGAGCUCGGAAGACACCGGCAUGGGCGCGCUCAGCGAAAACGAGUUCAUCGUCUCGGCCACCAACUCGCACGAACUUGAAGUGGGUCAAGUGCCCCCCGACGAUAUUCUGGACCCAGCAGUACUCAGCCAGAUUCCUGAUGAGGCGUUCACGGAAUUCUUCAAUCAAGGUGGUUCGUCAUUCGCGGAGAGUUCGGAGCUGGCCGCUGCGCUGGAGGCCGUGCUGGACGAGCGCGCGCUGGACAGCAUCGGGGACGUGUUCCAGCACUCGCCGCACCUGCCCAAGCCUAAGAUGCAAGUGCCAGCAUCAGUGGCAAUGGAGAUGUCCUCGAGCACGCCCUCAUAACACACUAAUCUAACUAUGUUAAGCUAAAAUAUACUAUGUACUACAAUAGGAACAAAUUCAUAGUCUCAAAGAGUUGAAAUUAAUUUCGUCAUGCUUUAAGUUUUGUAUGUUUGUGUAUAGAAUGGAUUGUGGAGUGCCGUGUACAUGAUAUUAGUUUGGGUUUAGGGUCCGUAGCUGGAUGGUAAAUAGCUUGGUGGUCAAUAAAUGUGCAGGUAGACUUGAGGCCGUUUUCGAUUGGCUGCGCAACGUACGCUAAAAUAAUGAAUGAAUGAAAAAUCUUUAUUUUCAGGCAAGUAUUGGCCCAUAGAUAAUUAAAUACCUUAAAACUAGCAUACAUAUUAUACAAUAUAGCCUAUAGGUAUAAUCUUAAAAAACUAAAACACACACUAUGGCUGCCAUGCACUUCGCGACCUUGUUGUGUCGGGGGCCAAAACUCCUCCUUGGUGAAGGUCAGUCGUUCAGACGGAACGCUCACCACAAAAGAAUUUAAAUUCGCAUUGUGUCGAGAUUCCACCCGACCCUCAGGGCGAAUUCGGACUUGACUCGUACAUAAUGACUUCAUUUCCUCACUUAAAAUAAGUGAUUUAUUGUAACCCACCGUUUAAAAUUAAACAUUGACUUUUUAACAUCAAUACUACUCUACUAUUGGAAAUAAAGUAAAAAUGCGAAUUUUUUAAGGAUAAAACAAUAAAACGAAUGAUGGUCUCGACAUGAAAACAGGUUUUAUAUUAACAUACAUACCAAAUUUCAGGACUGAUCUAGAGAUUUGGACUUUUGUUCUAUUUCCAUUACGUUGACGCCACUAGGCAUUAAGUCCGCCAUUUGUACAUUAUUUUUAUGUUUUGUGCAAUAAAGUUUAAAUAAAUCAAUAAAUACUUAUAUCAUAGUGUAAUGUGGUUCAAUAAAACAUUGACACAGCGGUGCGUUGCGUGGGCUAUUCGAAAAUUAUUUUUAGACAGUGACAGAAGCUUCCUUGCUAAAUAUGUAAAGUUUUCGCUUCGAAUGGAAAUAAUCCCUGUAAAAUGUUGCUCAUUCAAAUGUUACUAAGGUUUUUUAGGGUCGGUUUUGGAGGCGUUUGAUAUCUUUGUUUUUACGUUUGAUUAAGAACCACCGUAUGAAGCACCAUAGCUUAUCCUGCUUAUCAAAGUCAACCAGUGAAAGUCACUAAGUGCAAAUAUUGAUUUAUUAAUUAGCAUUGGUGCUUCUAAUUUUAAAGCCAAUGUUAAAAGCUGUGGCUCCUUAUACAAUGCGCAAACUCUGGAUGUCAAAAAAUCAAGUCUCAAAAACAGUCCCUGAUUUACCCAUUCUAAUGUCCUUAUAAUGCCCAGUGUACAAUAUAAUGUACGUACAAAAUUUUAUGGUUUUUACUCUUGAAACAGCUUUAUUUUUACUAUUAUCAAAUACAUAAAAGAGAUUCAAUGACUAACAUGACAUUUUGUGACAAAUAUUGUACAUUGGGUUGUAAGUACGGCUACCAUGAGUUGACAUUUGUCGUUUACGCCAACGACUGCGUGAGCUCGAUCGCAGUCCAUCUCACUCGCACUGAUGUAUUGGUGCGAUCGAGAGGGACGGCGAUCAAGUUCACGCAGUCGCUAGAGUAAAUGUCAAAUGUCAACUCAUGGUAGCCGUAUAGGACAAAAUACAACCGCAGUGUCUUUACAAUAUAAAUGAGAUAGCAUGCAUGUACCCUUCCACUGUAUCGUAAUUAGCUUAGGAGAAUUGUUGCUACGUAGAAAAUGUGUGUUGUUACAGGUUAAGUCGUGGUUAGACCAGGAUGGUAGCAAGAUUGUCAAUACUAGCAUAAACUGAGGGAAAUACUAAUAACGUAAAGUACGUUCAAAAACAUGUGAAAGUAACUGGUAGUUGGAGUAGAUGGCGCCAAUGUUUUGUGGCAAGGUCAAUGUGGGGAAGACCGGCAUAUAAAAUGUAUUGCAGGGAAGACCGUCAUAGCGCAGGAACUCUCGUAUUUGUAUAUGUUACGUCGCUGAGACACAGUCAGAAAGAAAGUUCAUCAUUCCUGUUUAAGAGUCCCCGGCAAGCUCGGUUCUCCAUACAAACGUAGUUAAUAGGCCCUCAUUUUAAAACGACUAGCUAGAUUGCUUUGAAACUUUGUACUUACAAUAGGAUAUCUAGGUCUGUAAUUAGUUUAUGUAGGUUCAGAUAAAAUAGUUAAAAAAAUACAGCGAAUUUAAGUUUUUCAUACAAAACUUGUUUUUGCUCUAUUUCGUUUGUUUUAUAUACUAGAGCUAUAUAAACUAAUUACAGACCUAGAUAUACCUCAUGUCAUUGUAUGUGCAAAGUUUCAUUACAAUCCAACACGUAGUUUUAGAAUGAGAACGAAACUCCGUUUGUAUGGGAAGGUGAAAUUCGGCCGAGCUUGCCGGGGACUCUUAACAGACCUUUCUGUGAUUGGAGUAUGUGUACAACCGCAUGAGUUAAAAGCGACGAAAGAUCUUGUAGACGAUCUUCCCUUAUAGGCGAUCUUCUACAUUGACCUUAACUGCACUGUCAAAGUUAGCGCUUAAAAGCCUAGUUACCUACUGCAUAAUGUAUAGAUCGCACAGUGCCAUCUACUUUAGCUGUCAAAUUUGAGGCUACAAUAGUUCCACUGCUUUACGCGUCUUGGUGUUUUCCUUUAGGUUCUAUUAGGUAAACGCAAGUAGUAUCGGAGUUGAAAAUUACAAGUGAAUGUUUUGGGAGGUUUAUCUCGACUUUAGGAAACUCUUACGUCUUAAGGGACCCACUGAUUACCAGUCCGCCGGACGAUAUCGGCCUGUCAGUUGUUCGGAACUGUCAAAUUUAUGUUCUAACUGACAGGCUGAUAUCGUACGGCGGACUGAUAAUCAGUAGGCCUCUUUACGAUAUCUUUAGAAUUAGCAAUAUUUAAAUCAUUGACCAUAUUCGACUACUAUUCGACUAUAAGUACAACUAAUUUUUACCACUCGAAAUUGAUUAAUUGAAGUGAGUUAAAGAAAACGAUCUUUGAAAGAAACUUGGAUCUUAUUUGACAUUCUUCAGCGUUUAGUUAGCGUGAUCGAUCAAAAUCAAUUAGUAUAUUUAAACCACGUAAUUGUGGAAACGGCAACCGAUGCAACCUAUUUAUUAAAAGAAAGUUAUGCACGAUUGAAACGCUCAUUAGUUGCCAACGUAGUUAUUAAAUAAUGUAUGUAAUAAAUCGAUUAUUUAUAAAAUAGGUAGCUGAUGUUUAAAUCACCGAAAACGAGAGGUAUAAAAAAUAAGUAAGGUUUUAACAGUUUCCAAGGAUAUAGUAUGUUGACGUCGUGAGAUUUGCAUUUACCCAUUCCGCCUUUUUUUAUAUCCAAAAAUGACACGCACUCGCCAACGUCAUUGAUUAUACAAGGUUAGCAAAUAUAAACCUUACUUGAAUGCAUUAAAGUUACUUUUACAGCGUACGAUGUCGUUAUAACACAUAACUUAUAAGCAUUCAUCGCGAUAUAAUCACAACUCGUGACGCCUAUAAAAUAUAUUUACAAUAAAAGGCUUAGUUACUACAAAAGGUCGGCGCGCUCAUAGGUUACGGUGCCCGCUUACCAUCGGCCGAAUGACUUGUUUGCAACCAUUGCGGUAUAAAUAAAAUCAACACAGGACCACAACUCAGUUUGUCGUGUGGAAUCUAAUCACUAAUAAUCUUACCAAUCAUUAGCUUUUUCCAGAAGUAAAUUACAAACAUCACUUGUUUUUACUAUCAAUCUAGUGCGUGAAGUGAAAGUACUCUACGUCAUACGAGGAAAACCCCAUUUUUCUUCACUACUUAUGCGUUGCGUGCGCAAUUGCACAUUUUUUUGCUAUUACGAAUUGCUUUCCAUUUUUUCUGAUUUAUAAUACUGUUUCUACAAUGUAUCCGGAUGAUGGUUGGACGCCUGCUCGGCAUUUGCCGUUUCGUCAUCGGAUUAAAUAAGUAGUACAGGAGCUGAUUGUAAUAUGACUUGUGUCGUUACCGUUUCUUUAAAAAAAGAAAAUGGCGAUUUUAUUUAUUUAGAAAGUGUAUACAAAGUUGACGUUCGUUAUUUGAAUUUUAACGGAAUACACGGUUCUGAAAUAAAUAAAUGGAUGAAGGCCAGUUAUUAAUUUGCAAUUAAUUAAAGAUGAAUUAUUCCAAAAUUUACAGAUAAAAUACCUAGAUAGGGUACUCGUGAUUUUCUGCUUUAAAGUAAAUUGAAUAAAUCCUUUAUUUAAGACAAGCCCUCUUAGAGGAUGAUUCAUGAUUGUAGAAAAUUACUUACAUAUGACCAUGCACUGAAGGGAUGAUAGUUUUAACAUUAUUUAUUUUAUUUUAAAAUUUAAUUCAGGCAACAAGGCCCAUAUUACAUAAUAUACCUUAUAGACUAACGUACAUAUAAAAUAACACUAUGAGUGCGACAGAACGGCGUGGCUCCGUUGAAUCGUCUGUUCUUGUGUCGGAUUCGGCAGUUUGCCCCGGAACCUCCGAAACACGACACCCUUCGGCCAGAAGUCGGCGGGUAUUAUGUAUACAGUUGUUUAUAUUUCUCAAGCUUCAUUCUUCAGAUAUAAAAACCAGGUAGUCCUUUAACCUACUAGGCAACUCAUCGCAUGUUUAAAGUAGGUAGCAAAAACUUUAACUCAAACAGGUCUAUCCCUACUUUUUCACCUAGUCUUGAUGGUGCGCGCGGCUUGCCGCCAUUGCUCAUUCUUUAUUCUUGCGAGGCAACGAACGCACGUAAAAUCAUAAUUUUGUUUCAAAGUCGUUUAAAAUGCCUAUACGUAGUGCACUUAGUGCAGACAUUAUACGAUUUAUACGCUGUGGGAUUAUUCGUUUCGUAUUCGUUGUGCAAUAUAAAAUAUAUUUGUUAUUGAAAUUGUUCAUCAUCCUGGAGGUUAGUCGAGAACUAACACGAAGGAAUAAAUCAUCCUGGGGGUUGGUCGUGAAUCAACACGAAGGAAUAAAUCAUCCUGGGGGUUGGUCGUGAACCAACACGAAGGAAAAAAUUAUCUUGGGGGUUGGUCGUGAACCAACACGAUGGAAAGUCUGUUCGUACUUCGAACACCGAUUGCGCCCGGGGGUUGGUCGUGAACCAACCAAAGGUUUAAUUAAGAUCGGACAGCGCGCAACGAAACAAAGGGCCCUAAAUAAUCAUAUUGUGUUGUGUUAAAGAGACGAGGGAGGAUUUCUUUUUAUUUGGUUUUAGAUGGCCCAACAGAAAAAACUCAAGCAAAAUUGCCGAGUGAUAAUAGAUCCUUCAGAUCCUGAAAAAAAAAAAAAAAAAAAAAAAAAAAAAAAAAAAAAAAAAAAAAAAAAAAAAAAAAAAAUCAGAUACUUAAGUGUAACUAUUUUAACUAUUUUUGUAAAAAACUUACACUUUGUGAUCAAAUACCUUGCAUUUACUUUGUACCGCGCGGGCCGUGAGUCCACGACUGGUAACUAUAAACCUGGGGGGCGGCCUAGAGUCGUCACGAAGAUAGAACUUGCUUGGGGUUGGCCGUGAGUCAACACGAUAGCAAUGCAUAACACAAUUUAAUAAAUCUAUAGCGGUUCUCGAUCAAAACCACGCACAUUUUAAAACACCAAGUUCAAGUUUUUCUAUGGGCAAUAAAGAAUUAUCUUUUAAGUUCAAGUUCAAAUAUACUUUAUUCAUGUAGGCCUAUUUAUGUAAUCUAAAACCUUACGGGUUUUAUUUUGAAGAACGUUCGAAGUCUACCCUCGAAUUAAAAAUAUUUCUUUUAAAUUUUUUCACCAGCGCUCCGCGGUUCAUUUUUGAUUUGUGCGUGUCAGAGACACGUCGGUCUAGCUGCCGAAAUGUUCGGCACAAGACUACAUUGCCUUUUAAAAAAAAAAUCCUUACAUAUAAAAUAUAUUUGGAUUUUUAAUAUCCAAUUAUAGGUGACAGAAUAAAUUUUACUCACACCUAACCCAUAGUACGGUACUUUUAUCCGCCCAGAGGUUGAAUUUGAAUAAACACGAGACUACCUCGUAAAUUUAUAAUUGAAACAAUACAAUAGUACCUAUAUUGUUUUUAUAUUACCCACAUAAGUAUAACUUGUCUCUAAAAGUGGGAAUUGCUAAAUAGGUCGUCACGUCACGUGAUGUAUAUCUGAUCGAAAUUCCUAAACUUAAGCUGGAUAAAAUCUCUUUUACCACAAAUUAAAUGGAAUAAACUAAGUGGUAAUACCCUGCACAAUGCAUAUAUUUUGGUGACUAUUUUUGAAUGUUUAUAUAUGCAUAUAACCAUACAAAUUAUCGGGAUACGUACGCCAAUAUUGUUAUGGGAUACAUAAAAAUAUGAAUAUAUUUAUAAUACCGUAGGCGAUGUCAGUAUCUAAGUACCUUGUGUCUUUUUAAAAAUAUGAUUUUACUUUUUUAAGUGAUAUUGAAUAAUUAAAUAAUUUGAAUCAUCCAAUUGUAACAAAGACACCUAACUGAAUUGAAUUACAGGAAAAUGGGUUUAUUCAUCAUUAUCUAUCUAAUAAACCCAAUGAAACAAUUUGUGAGUACUGAAUAUGAAAGAAAGAAAGAAAGAAAAUAACUUUAUUUUG